ACACGAUAAAUAAUAAAAAAAAAUGUUCGCGAUAGUGUACUGAGGUUAGUGUGAUUAAAUGUGGUUGAUAAAAGUAAUAUAUAAAUAAAUAUAACACGAUGUGAGCGUAAUAAAAACUGAACGUAUCUCUCUCGCGUGUACAGUAGCCACUUGAAGUUUAUCAAGCAGUCAAUUUUUAACCUUUAUCAAUACACUUAGCUCCAGUAUCAAAAUGAAGUUCUGUGCGAACCUUUCUUUUAUGUUUGCUGAGGCGGCGUCUAUAUUAGAAAGGUAUGCGUUGGCGAAGGAAGCUGGCUUCAAGGCCGUAGAAUCAGGAUUCCCGUUCGGUUUUUCUGUGGAACAAGUGAAACAGGCGAAGGAAAAUGCCGGCGUCGAGCAAAUUGCAAUCAACAUUAAAACGGGAGACACAACAAAGGGCGAAGUGGGAGUGACAUCCGUACCGGGUAAAGAGCAAGAAUUCAGGGACAAUUUGGCCAUUACAAUCGACUAUGCGAAAGCACUCAAAGCGCCUAAAAUCCACAUUAUGGCUGGAAAGGUAGAAACAAGGACACCGCAACACUGGGAAACCUUUGAGAAGAAUAUAAAAUACGCAGCCGAUGUGCUAAAGCAGGAAAACAUCCUUGGAUUAAUUGAACCUAUCAACCAAUACUCAAUGCCUAACUACUUUUUGAGUGAUUAUGGCAGAGCUGUGGAUAUAAUCAAGCGUAUCAACAGCCCGCACAUGAAGCUCAUGUUGGACAUAUUCCACUUGCAGCAGAUCAAGGGAGACAUCACACACAGCAUCACGCAACUCGCGCCCUACCUCGGACACGUUCAGAUAGCUCAAGUGCCUAACCGCAACGAGCCAGAUACAGCUGGAGAGAUUAACUACAAGUUUGUAUUGGAACACUUGGCCAACAGCGGAUACGAUGACUGGGUAGGACUUGAGUACAAGGCGUUGGGAAGCAAGACCAAGGACGGACUAGGCUGGAUUCAAGCCUAUGGAUACAGUCUAUGAAUUUGAGAUUAUGACCUCUCUAAACGCUUAUAAACAAUAUUUUUAACUACCUACAUCAGAUAAUAGUGGGCAAACAAGUUGAGCACAAUUCAGUGUGAUGACGGUCAUUAUACGUUAGUGUAGCUACAGUUACGUUAGUGUAGCUAGUUACGUUAGUGUAGCUACAGUUACGUUAGUGUAGCUAGUUAUGUUAGUGUAGCUACAGUUAUGUUAGUGUAGCUACAGUUAUGUUAGUGUAGCUACAGUUACGUUAGUCUAGCUAGUCACUUUAGUGUAGCUACAGUUACGUUAGUCUAGCUAGUCACUUUAGUGUAGCUACAGUUACGUUAGUGUUCAUCUGAGUAUUGCCGCUUUGCCAUUUUUGAUGCCAAGCAGCAGUGUGUACUUGUGUCUAAACAUGCUUAAAUACGGAGCCAGUGUAAAUUUUAGGUUAAACAGCAAGUGAUAUCUGGGCAGGCUUAAAUCUUACUAGGGCUACCUCAUAGCAGUUUAAUUGUACAUAUAAAUUCAAAAUACGAAUAAAAAUGACUGCGUUCGGUGCUGACUAUAAUGGAAUAGCUAAAAUGCUGUUUAUGCGUUUAUGAAUAAGACAGUGUCUUUACUCAAGUGUUUACACUUGUGUUAAAUAUAAGAACUAUGUAUAGUGAGUAUGGAGGCUCAAUGAGCUCAUUUUCUUGUAUAUAGGCUUAAGAUAACACAUUUUGUACUGUUAAAGUUGUACACUUUGGAGUUCACAAUGCAGACUGAGUUUGCCAUUAUUUUUAAGUGUUCAGUUUCACAAAUGUUUUUAUGUUAUUGUUUGAAGUUAGUUAUAUAAUAUUAAAUAUAUGAGUUUGGUAC